UGAGGGUUGCCAGGAGCCCGUUUGGCAUGACUCUUGGGACCAGAGGGUCUAGUGGUUGUGACCCAACUCUAAGGCCUGGACAGAAAGGCUGGGCCGGGAGCGGGUUCCACUCCGCCCGACUGGCACCCCUGAAGGCUGCUUGGAGCCUAGGGGCACUCUGUCCACCCAACCUUAGCGCCCGGGCCUCCACCCAACACGGCCUCAGGCCCUGGGGUCAGCUGUCCCCGAAUCCUAAUCCGCGUUCAGCCCCGCAUCACUGCUAGUACCGGGUUGCUAUGGUGAAGCUAGCAGCCAAAUGCAUUCUAGCAGGAGACCCAGCUGUAGGCAAGACGGCCCUGGUACAGAUGUUCCGCAGCGACGGGACCCACUUCCAGAAGAAUUAUACCCUGACAGCAGGCGUGGAUUUGGUGGUGAAGACAGUGCCAGUUCUCGACACAAAUGACAGUGUGGAACUCUUCAUUUUUGACUCAGCCAGCAAGGAGCUGUUCUCUGAAAUGCUGGAUAAAUUGUGGGAAAAUCCCAAUGUCCUGUGCCUCGUCUAUGAUGUGACCAAUGAGCAGUCCUUCACCAACUGCACCAAGUGGCUGGAGAAGGUCCGGGCCCAGGCUCCGGGUACCUCCCUCCCAGGGGUUCUGGUGGGAACUAAGACAGACCUGACUGGCCGACGCACAGUAGAUUCUGCACAGGCCCAGGCAUGGGCACUGGGCCAAGGCCUGGAAUUCUUUGAAACGUCUGUGAAGGAGAUGGACAACUACGAAGCCCCAUUCCACUGUCUGGCCAAGCUGUUCCACCAGCUGUACCGGGAGAAGGUGGACAUAUUCCAUACCCUGGUGUGAGGCUACAGUGAACUGUCCCACAGGGCUGGCUAGGCUGGGCUCGGCUGCCUUGAACCCGGGAGACCUUCAUCUCUCCAGGAGACAGAAGACGGAAACACCCGGAGCUCCUCAAUAUCGCCACAGCUUUCAAUAAAACAGGGAGAAAGAA